AUGUAUGAAGGUUUAGAGGGAAAAAGGAACAAAAGUUGUGAAAGUCAAAUUGCGGGAUGGGUAUUGCAGACUGAAGAUAAGAAAAAUGUGUCCUCCAAAGAACUUCAAUAUGAUCCAAAUUUGCUAAAACAAAACGGAAAGCCGAGAAUCAAUGAAGAUAUUCAGGAUAUCUUUAGAUGA